AGCUACACUUCAAUCAAAACAAAACUUUUUGGUUUGCCGAGAAAACGUGUCUUUAUUUACCUUAAUGUAUUCUAAUAAAUCACUCAUCAAACCUAAGUUUUUAAUAAAUCACUCAUUUGUCUGACUACAAUAAAAAUCUCCUAUAAGUAAACGUGUUUAAUAAAUAAAAAUGUUGCAGCCAAUAAUGCAUAUUUUGAAGCAAAAAAAUAUCAUAUUAGCGAGCGGUUCCCCUAGACGAAAAGAACUUGUCGAAAAUAUUGGUCUCAAAGUUGGCUUAUGCCCAUCGUUAUUUGAAGAGAACCUUGAUCCAAAUGCAUUUAAAAGUUUUGGGGAAUUUGUUGAAGAAACAGCAUUACAGAAAGUUUUAGAAGUUGAGACCAGAUUAACAGCGGAGGGACACGAACCAGAUGUGGUUAUAGGGGCUGAUACUAUGGUCACUUUGGGGGCAGAGAUGUUUGGUAAACCUACUUCAGAGACUGAAGCAUUUGAGAUGUUAUCUCGUCUAUCAGGCAGAGGCCAUACUGUGUAUACAGGCGUUGUUAUUAAAGCCUCAGAUAAAAUUGUAAAGUUCACUGAGAAAACUGAUGUUUUCUUUGGCAAACUGGAUGAGCAGCAAAUCAGAGGUUAUAUAGCUACUGGUGAACCUAUGGAUAAGGCAGGGGGCUAUGGCAUCCAAGGAGUUGGAGGCACAUUUGUGGAGCGGGUGGAAGGUGAUUACUUCACUGUGGUCGGUCUACCACUUUACAGGCUCUGCUCAGUACUUUAUGACAUGUUUAAACAUCAACUAUGAUGUUAAAUUGUAAAUAUUAGUUGAAUUUAUUAGUCAGGAGUUUAGUUGUAGACAAUUAUCAAUUCUAUACCUGUUUGUUUUGUAAAUGUGUUUUACUCCAUGUAAUGUAGCAUAUAGUACAAUAAGUAAAGUGAUACUAUAUUGUAAGUUACAAUGGGACAGAAAUAAAAAACCAAAGAGCUUGUAAUGUUUUAAACUAAAUACUUGUUUAUUGGACAAAUACUUUCAUAUGAGUAUUUCUUAUAAAGUAUGUUUUUAGCUUUUUGGUAUAAUGUUGAUAAUUUACAAAUCAGAUUACAUUAUGAAAGAUUAUUCCUUAUGUAAUGUUAUUAUUUAUGUAAGUACAAACCAGUUAUAGUUCACUAAUAAAUGUUUGUUAUAUAAUUUUUUUUUAUUAAAAAAGGGUAUGUUCCCACGCCAGGAAGGUCUCCAAUGUCGUGACUUUAUUAUAAAUGUAUAAAAUAUCAAUAUCACAUUAUAUAAUAUACAUCUAGAUUUAAUGUGUGCGGGAAUCGACACCGCAACACCUUAAGCAGUAGCCGGUGGCCUUGCCACUGCCACUGUACCUGCCAUGUCGUUUCUAUACAUUAGCAUAAAUAGUAAUAAAUGGAAAUCUAAUGUGACUAUGUGACAAUAUGUUAUCACAACACUUCUUAAUAUCUAACAUACUAACGAUGAACCUAAUGUGUAAGCCUGAUAAGAUAAAGAACAGUUUAAUAAAUAAAUAAAUUAUAUCACUUACCCAUUAUUGGGUACCUAUUUAAUAACUUACAAAUUUACACUAUAUAGGCACAUGAUCAGAUUCAUUGGCCAUUUCGAAUAAUAGUAAAGUAAUUAGGUACAUCUAAAUUA